AUGGUGGGUUGGAACGUGAGUUAUGUCCCACUCCGUCAGCAGGUAGCGGCAUGCUGUCUCUGAAACUUUCCAGCCAGCUCCCCUCAUACUAGCGUAUGUGACGGUGCUGCUUGGUUAGCCUCUUGUGCCCUAGCAGAUGCGCAACCAAAGGCGCGGUCUGCUUCAGGUUCCUUUGUAAACCUAUAUUUCUGCUUAUAUCCUGAUAUAACACCCUGCAUUAUGCCGUUUUCAGGGAGCGCUGCCUUUUCAUCUUUUCUAAUGUAGUCUCUCACCUGGGACUUGGGUGUCCCGUAAAACCCAGUUAGGCGUUGCUGUCAUUUAACACACAAUUAAUACGUUCAUCUGUAACUGUGAUGCAAAGGUCUUUGUUAAUGAAGCUUAGUGCACAAAAGAUGAAUCCUGAAUACAGAAGGGUCAAACUAUUGUAAAGAAGAAUGAGAGAAAGAGCAAGGGUUGAAAUAAGAAGUGAAUGCCAUACAGGAGUACAAAAUGCAAUGCCGUGGGAGCACAGUUCUUGAAAACAAUGGUUUAACCUGUAAUACUUUGAAGCACGGUCUCAGGCUUUCCCUUGGACAUUUGCAUUAGUGGACCCAGCAGGUCUGUUUAACAGGCUUCAUCGACACAUGUUGAACUGUCUGUAAGAAUUUUUUUUUUUUUUUGGCCUAAGUGCUGUCUUGGGUUCAGUUCGUAAAGUUGUGGGAACAGAGCAAUGGCUCCUUAUGGGAGAUGACACCUCUGAAGUAGCUGUCGCUAGGGAGCACCAGGAGAGGGAGUGAGCAGCUCACUGACUUGGGUAGUUCUGAGUAAGUUCACAGAUUUUACUUCUGUUCAGUAGGGACGCAAAGAAGCUAGUAGUUUUUCUGAAGUGUUUUUCAGAACUGAGCCAACUAGCACUGCCAAGGUUGCAGUAGUGUCGUUUCCUCUGCUUUAACUGGAAGUGGUGAAUAACACUCCAUAUUGUAUUACUGGAAGUAGCAAAUAACACUGAAUAUUGUAUACUAAAACCAACCUUAGGCCCAGAGAAAAAUUAUCUCGGACCUUGGUACUUCCGUAAUUCUUGCACAAUGAGUGACAAAGCAUCCAAAGACAUUUAUGAAACUUCUGGACUAGCAUCUCUUCAACAUCAGUUGGCAGACUGCCUGCUGAAUGCUACGUGCAAACCUGGAGGUUGUUCUCAUGCUGUGACAUAGUGACUUACUGUGAUGAUUCUCUGAAGUACUUGAAAAUAGUACUUCGGUGAGCAAUGCUGCCCCAGAAACCUACAUGAGGUGUAACUCAGAGAUAACUGCCCUGCUGUGUUUCAGAGUCAAUGUUGACUUUAUAUUCUGUCCUGUUUGGACCACAUGGACUUCUAAUGGGUCAGGUGCUGCUGUUUGUUGUUGGAAGAAAUAAUAAACCAGCUUUACCUACUGUAUGUCCUGGUAAGGCUGUGGGAGAAGUGAAGACCAUCUGGGUUGUGACUUGACUCUUGACCUUUAGCUGAGCUCCACGUGGAGCAUAAAAUGUGUUUCUCUAUUUAAGUUCAAAUCAUGGAUUAUCAGGCCUCCAUGGUAAAAUGUCAAGCUCUGGAAGAAGGCUUUUCUUCUAAUAGAAUUUCUGGCAACUCUCUUGGGAAAUCUUGUCUAAGAAAUUAGUAUCUCAGAAUAUAGUAUCACAGUUGGAUUGAAAAGGUAGGCAGGGAAGAAAAGGUGAAGGAACUUGAGUGUACCAGAGAAAACUUUUCAUAUAAUUUAAUAGAUCUGACCUGCAUUCCCCUUUGCCAUUUCUGCCCUUUCAGGAGAGACCAGGUUUCUGUGGAAGUUUUCCCUUACGCAGUUUCACACAGACUGAUAUUUGUCCUCAAUAAAAAGUAAAGAGGAAAGAUUUUUUUUUUUUUCUUUUCAUGUCUAUGGAGCCAUUAGAAUAAUUAUCACGUAGCUGUCUGCACUCUGGGAGCAGGAGAUAGAACAUUUUGUCUGUUGGCUUUAUGGACCAAAUUAUAGUCUUUUGGUCAAAGAACAAAGCUUUUAGAAGCCUCCACAUGAAGUGUGUGCAGCUUGCUUGCUGCUCAGGCUUCUUCAUCUUCCCCCUGAAUAACAACAGUGCAAGUGGAAAAUGCUCAUUGUACAGAUUCUCCCAUCUUUAAACUGUUUUACACCAAAACUGUUUGACUACUUUGUUUGGGUCUAAGUGAAGUUGAUGUGACCCUAUGUCACAACUGUUCUGCCUUGGGAUUAAUUGUGCUCUGUCCCAUCAGUUGUGGGGUUACUGUUGGUUUUGAUGCUGGAUGUUCCUAGCAUAGGGAAAAUCGAUGGAUGUUUUUGAUCAUUUAGUGUGAAUGAUUUUUGGUUAUUUAUGUGAACAGUUAGUUCUAGUUGUGAAUUUUCAGAGUGAGAAAACCUUUGGACUUCAUUGGAUUUCAAGAGUUAAUCAUACUUGGGGAUUCAUGAGUUUCUUGAACUAGUUAAUUCACUGGUUUUGGUGUGGGGUUUUUUGUUUGUUUUGCUUUUCUGUUUAGUUUGGGGGUUUGGGGGGUUUUGUUUGUUUGUUUGUUUUUGUAAGAGUUGAUGGCCAUCAUGUGAUCCAGUUUUAAUGGUGGUUUCUGGAAAGUAUCUUAAGUGUUUUACAUCCAGAGCCUGAAGUCUGCAGGUAGUUGGUGCCUUGUCACGUUUAAUUUGAAACUGCUAUCUGGACAGUAUCGCUGAAAAAAUUUUCAGUACUAUCGUCUAUCCUGAGACUAGCAAGGCUGUCCAAGCUAGUUUGACUAAGGCAGCUGUGUGUUUUUGGAAAUAUGCAAGCUGUUGCACGCACAAGUGUCCAGCUGUUGAAAUAGUAAACUCAGUGCCUUUUUUUUUUUUUUUUUUUUUUUUUUUUUUUUGAAGGAGGCUGGAGGGAAAGGGAAGGGAAUCCCUGUUCCUGACUGAAUAAACAAUGAAACAAAACAACUUGUAGUUGACAUUUUCCUUCCUUAUGAUAGUUAAUGUUAGAGAAUUGGUGGCUUUAUUUUUUCCCUUAGGAUAUUUCUCAACUUCUUGUAAGUGAGAAUCCUGUCCAGAUAGUAUUUCAUCAGUGCAUUUACCCCUUAGUGCUACUGUGUGGGGGUGGGGGGAGUGACUUUGUGAGUGCUUUCAAUUUGCCCUCACCCUUCCUAGCAUAUGAUGGAGAGGGCCUUGACUUAGACGGUGACUUGACUCUUCAGUUGCUCUACCUUUUUGAGGCACUAAUUUUUUCAAUUAUUUGGUUUUGUAUUUGACUGUUUCUCUUAGGAGAACAUUUUGUUUCCUGCUCAGUUUGUAACUGGCUAGAAUGUUCCAAAGUCAGCAGUCUAGAGCCCUGGGUGAGGAGUUUGGGUCGUGCUUUAAGUCACUACCACUGCUCUUAGGGACAAAAAACCUUUAGAACUUGGAGUCCUGCCUGUCCCAUGCUGGAGAGCACAAGAACCCUGAUGAGAAUCCUACCAGAAUGCAAUUCUCCUUGGAAAUUAAGAUGCAAUGGAUCAGCUUGAGCAGAGGGUAAAUGAAUUUUUUAUGAACGCAAAGAAAAACAAACCUGAAUGGAGAGAAGAACAAAUGACAUCAAUCAAAAAAGAUUAUUAUAAGGCCUUGGAAGAUGCAGAUGAAAAAGUGCAGCUGGCUAAUCAAAUAUAUGAUUUGGUAGACCGUCAUUUGAGAAAAUUGGACCAGGAACUUGCUAAAUUUAAAAUGGAACUUGAAGCAGAUAAUGCUGGAAUUACAGAAAUACUAGAGAGACGGUCUCUGGAGCUGGAUACACCAUCACAGCCUGUGAAUAACCACCACGCCCAUUCUCACACUCCAGUAGAGAAAAGGAAACACAAUCCAUCUUCUCACCAUAGUACAACAGAUCAUGUUCCUGAAAAGAAGUUUAAAUCUGAAGCUCUUCUGUCUACCCUGACUUCAGAUGCUUCUAAAGAAAAUACACCAGGGUGUCGAAACAAUAAUUCAUCAUCCUCUUCAAACAAUGCAUACAAUACAAACUCUUCUCAACCAUUGGCAUCAUAUAACCUGGGCUCAUUAUCUUCAGGAUCCGGGGCCGGUGCAAUUACCAUGGCAGCAGCUCAAGCAGUGCAAGCCACAGCGCAGAUGAAGGAAGGAAGACGAACAUCCAGUCUGAAAGCCAGCUAUGAAGCGUUUAAGAACAAUGAUUUUCAGCUUGGAAGAGAAUUUUCUUUAUCCAGAGAUUCGACUGGAUAUUCAUCAUCAGCUCUGGCAUCUACAUUAACACAGACAUUAAGUUCAUCAACCACAGAUUCACGAAGUGGCAGAAAAAGCAAAAACAACAACAAAUCCUCAAGUCAGCAGUCCUCAUCAUCUUCCUCGUCUUCCUCUCUAUCAUCAUGUUCUUCUUCAUCUGCACUGGCACAAGAACUGUCUCAGCAAACAGCAGUAAUACCAGAGUCUGAUUCUAAUAGCCAGGUUGACUGGACCUAUGAUCCAAAUGAGCCACGUUACUGCAUUUGUAAUCAGGUGUCGUAUGGUGAAAUGGUAGGCUGUGAUAACCAAGAUUGCCCUAUUGAGUGGUUCCACUAUGGAUGUGUUGGACUGACAGAAGCACCGAAAGGGAAAUGGGAGGACUUUCCACUGCAAGCUGGCUUUUCUUGGCAAGUUUUUUCAUCUCCCACCUCAUCCUGCUGGAAUGUCUGGACCGUGCACUUUCUUGUUCAAUACAAGUGACAAGUGACAGAAGGAGGACCCAG